AUCUUACAUUUCCAUUCUCAGACCAUUUUAUCACGACACAGAGCUUUGAUCGUAUACAAACAACACCACUUCAUUUCUCUGUUUUUGGGUUGGUGGCUCGAUUUUGCACUGUUAACUCUUUCACUUGGAUUGAGCGGAACUGUUUGGCUGGAAUUUUCUUUUCUUUUCUCGUUUAGUUUCCUUGGAAAAUUUAAUAGUUAGCGCCCUAGUAUCUUUCUGAGUUAUACCAAGGGCAACAACCUUACCGAACAUGAUGCCUGCAUAUAGAAACAUGGAUUCAUACCCAUAUCAGAGAAACCAAACACCAUUCCCUCAUUGUUAUCAUCCUGGCAUUGAGGCUAUUCCCCCUCAAAUAAAAGUGGAUUCAUCCAAAUCACCCUUUUCAUAUGAACAGUUUUGUCCCUUUCCUCACAGUUAUGGGCACCCUAUUCCAGUGAAUUUCUGCUGUGGCCACAACAAUUUUCCUGGUUAUUAUAGCUACAGGCCUUCUUAUCCACAUGCUCCUGCUCCAUCACCAUCACCGAUGUACUAUUCUGGUGGUUAUCCUUCAUACGGAGAACCAUUCUUUGUUCCUUAUUCCCCACAACCACAUUAUACUAUGGAGCUGCCUAAAUAUGAAUAUGAUAAGUGUAUGCCCAGAGACUAUCAUUGUUGUGGGUGUCUUAAUCAUCCAUGCCACCAGAAGGAAGGUAAAAGUGUAAAGAUUGAAGAGCAAGAACCUAAUGGUGGAAAGAAAAUGGAUGAUGCAUUGGCCCCAGUUCAGUUGAAGAACUAUCAUCCAUAUCCCUUUAUUUGGAUACCACCAGAGUACACAAGUACACCUCUUGAUAUGAAGGGUGUCCCUAACAUGGUUCAUGAUGGAGAUGGAAGAAGAAACAGCAACUGGGAGACUGACAGCAAUAGAAGGGAAUCUGAAGAUGGAAGAAUGAACCAGAAGCACCAGAGUGAAGACAAGAGAUUAGAAUUCCCAUUCCCUAUCAUCUGGAUGCCUUACCACAAUAAGCAGGAGGAAGGUGGAAGGACAAAUAAUCAGGAGAGAACUUCUGCACCAAAAUGCAUUGAGGAGGCACCUCAUACAUUCAAAUCUGUUCCUGUGAAUUCUUGUGCUGAUGAAGUUGUUACAAAUGGAACCAGAUCAAAUCAAGUUGAAUCCACAAAUACAAGUGGUUCGGAUGUUAUAGAGAAAGUGACUAAUAAAAGAAGCAUACCUGUGAAGCAGAUGGAAUUGCAUGAUCAAGGAAAAAAUGAUUCAGAGGGAAAUGACAAGAGGGAAAGGAGCAUUCCUGUAAAUCAAAUGGAAGAUAAUGUUACAAAGAAUGACUCCUACACCAGUGGCCAAAGCCAUUCCAUGUCCACAUCUCCAAGGAAAACAUCUAAGUUACCUCCUGUUUGUUUGAGAGUUAGUCCAUUACCAAGGAAGAAAAAUGGCAAUGGGAGUUCAAGGUCUCCAAGUCCACCUGCCUCAAAAAAACAUUCCCAAGCAACGGAUGGUGAAACAUCAAGGACUCCUUCAAGUGGCAUGAAUGAUAAGGCUCAGCCAGAUUUGAAUCUUCAGAGUGCUUUAAAUGCUGGUGAGAAAGUCAAACCAAAGGAGAGAACCAUUCAGGUGUCUGAAAAUAAGAGUAGUGAAAACAAGGGUGCUGACUGCAAGGAUGAAUGUCAAAGCCAGAUAAAUUUAAACAUGCCCAGUGGAGCUUCAAUAGGGACAAGGGAAAGCCAUACAAAUGGUGACCAAUGUAAGACUGAAGAUAAAAAGGCAGAGAAAGGGACAGAAAAUAUGACAGAAGAAGCUACUGAAGCAAGGGAAGUAAGGGAUAUAAGCAAACCAAAUGAUGAAGGUCCAAAAGAGGGAAGGGUUCUGUUGGAUGCAGAUGCUGCUGUUUUGAUACAAGCUGCUUUUAGAGGUUAUCAAGUGAGAAAAUGGGAACCAUUGAAGAAAUUGAAGCAGAUAGCUGAAGUUAGUAAGGAGGUGAAUGAUGUUAGAGAUCGUAUUCAAGCUUUUGAGGGCUCUUCUGAUCUUCAAAAUAAUGACAAGCAAAGAAUUGCAAUUGGGGAGACCAUAAUGAGACUCCUGCUUAAGUUGGAUACUAUACAGGGUUUGCAUUUAAGUUUGAGGGAGACCAGAAAAUCCCUGGCAAGAGAGCUUACAUCCUUGCAAGAAAGGCUUGAUUCUGUAAUGGCUAAGAAACCUCAGCAGCAAGAGCAACAAGAAGGAAAAGUAGCAGUACCAGGAGAGGAUUCAUCUGAAGGCAUCAGUGAUGGAGGUCAUGAUACGUUGGAAAAAUGUCAGGAUGGUGUUAACAGUGUUCAUGCUAAUGAUGGUGGAAGUGAAUCUCAGCCACCAGUUGAUCCCGCAUCAAAUGAGGGAACAGAUCCUAUUGUCCCACCAAAUGGCUUAGUUAAUGAAGAUAUCAGCCAAGUGGUUACAGUUGAUGCAUUGAAUGCUACAAGUGAUCUUUCCGAGACUGACAAAAUUGCUGAGGUGAACGACAUUCCUAUUGAAGUUGAAAAUUUGGAUAUGACUGCUUGGAAAGAAUUGCCAGUGGAAGCUAUAGAUGAAGAUAUCAUUGAUAUUAGUUCUGGGAAGGAUGAACAAAAUGAAAAAGGGAGGGUGGAGGCCCAAAUAACUGGAAGUACUACCAUGAUGAUGGAUAGAAGCCUCCCAGCCAUGGUGGAUGAUGCUGCACAUGAUGAGUUAGAUUCAAAGAUCCAUCCAAUGAAGGAGCUUCCAGGGGGAUUGCUUGGUCAGGAUAUGGCAACAUCAGAAUUUGAAACUAAUACUUCUAAAGGGGAAGUACAAGCUGAAGAUGUGGAAUGUUCUGCAGAACUGCCAGUGGGAUUGCUUGAUGAGGAUACAGCAGAAUCUGAAUUAGAGAAGCAUGAUGAAACUAAAACUUAUAAACCAACUGAAGAAGGGGAAUGUAAUGCAGAUGAAAAAACAAGCUCUUCCACAGAUGACACUGCAAAAGAAACUCAACGAGAACAGCCACUGCUAGAUGAGAAGGAAGAGGUGCAGUCUAGUGGGGAAUCAGAUGGCUGGGUUAAGAUUCAGUUCCAGAAAGAAGAUGAACUUAAAGGGGAUGCACCAUUGGAUAUAGAGGUUGGGUGUAAGUCAGAAGAGGAAAUGAGAAAUGAUACUAAGUUGCCAUCUUUGACAACACAAGUCAAUGGUCAUGAACUAGGGAAUGGAGAUGUAAGCUUGGAAGCAAAUGAUGUAAAUAACAUCCUGCCAGAACCAAUGGAGUUUGUGCCUAUUAAUGACUCACAGAAGGAACAGGAACCAGAAGAAAAGUUUGCACAGUGGGAGACACAAGUUGAUGGUGAAGACAUGGUUACUGAACGGGCAAUCAGUGCUGAUAAUAAAGAUUCACAAACUUUGACUCGGGAGAAAACUGAAGUAUUUGCAGCACCACCUGCAUUAAAAGAGCUUCAGCUACCUGAUGCUGAGCAUGAUGGAGGGUUAAAUGUGGAUACAAAAUUAUUGGAAGAGAAUGUGAAGUUAAGGAAGAUGAUGGAGAAGUUGUUGGAAGCUGGGAAUGAACAGUUAAGUGUAAUAUCAGAGUUAACUGGAAGAGUGAAGGAAUUGGAGAAGAAAUUAGGCAGGAGCAAGAAUAGGAGAGUGAGGACAAAGCGCUAUAGACCAGCAACUUCCAAGAUGUCUUGCAUGAAAUCCUCCAAUUAGGCCAUUACAAGUGAGAGCCAUUGGUGUUGCAAUGUAAUUGAGGGUAUAUGUUGUAAUAGUAAAGUGUGGUAUGAGUCCUUUUGUACUAAUAAUGUAUAAUUUUACUGUUGUAAUGUAAAUGCGAAGUUGUUUCUCCGAUUUA